AUGGCAUACCACGGAGGCCGGGGAGACGGCUACGAGGGCCACCCGAUGCAGGAUCUCCCAGCACAUCACGGCCAGCACGACGAUGAAUCGCAGGCCGCACUCCUUAACCAGAACCAGGCAUACGACCAAGAUCGCCUGGGCGCCCACACUCCCCCCGUCCGCCCUGUCUCGGCAUACAGCCUGACAGAGUCGUACGCUCCGAAUGCGCAAACAACACGCAUCGGCGUCACCCCUCCUCCCCCCGGCGGCGGCACAGAAUAUGGCGGUGGACCGGGCUACCCCCAGUCGCAGUUCUCGGCCGACCCGGCCUACAGGAUGUCCUCGGUAGAUACAGACGAGAGCUGGGUUGCCCGUCAGCAACCCAACGCCGCGCCCACCGGCGGUCUCAAGCGCUACGCGACCAGAAAGGUCAAGCUCGUUCAGGGUUCCGUCCUGAGCAUCGACUAUCCCGUUCCCAGUGCCAUCCGGAAUGCCGUCCAACCUCGCUACCGCGACGAAGAGGGUAACAACGAAGAGUUCUUGAAGAUGCGUUACACGGCCGCCACCUGCGACCCCAACGAUUUCACUCUCAAGAACGGUUACGAUUUGCGUCCCCGCAUGUACAACCGGCAUACCGAGCUUCUCAUCGCCAUCACCUACUACAACGAAGACAAGGUCCUGUUGUCGAGAACGCUGCACGGUGUCAUGCAGAACAUCAGGGACAUUGUGAACCUGAAGAAAUCGUCUUUCUGGAACCGUGGCGGCCCUGCCUGGCAGAAGAUCGUUGUGUGCUUGGUCUUCGACGGUAUUGAGAAGGUGGACAAGAACGUGCUGGACGUGCUAGCCACGAUCGGUGUCUACCAGGACGGUGUGGUCAAGAAGGAUGUCGACGGAAACGAGACGGUCGCUCAUAUUUUCGAGUACACGACCCAGCUCUCCGUCACGCCGAAUCAACAGCUCAUCCGUCCCUCGGACGACGGCCCGAACACGUUGCCCCCCGUGCAGUUCAUUUUCUGCCUCAAGCAGGCAAACAGCAAGAAGAUCAACUCGCAUCGCUGGCUGUUCAACGCUUUUGGCCGCAUCCUGAACCCCGAGGUCUGCAUCCUGCUCGAUGCCGGUACCAAGCCGAGCCCCAAGUCGCUGCUCGCCCUCUGGGAGGGUUUCUACAACGACAAGGAUCUCGGUGGUGCUUGUGGUGAGAUUCACGCCAUGUUGGGCAAGGGGGGCAAGAAACUCAUCAACCCGUUGGUGGCCGUGCAGAACUUCGAGUACAAGAUCUCCAACAUUCUGGACAAGCCUCUGGAGAGUGCUUUCGGUUACGUCAGUGUGUUGCCCGGUGCUUUCUCGGCCUACCGUUUCCGAGCCAUUAUGGGCCGCCCGCUCGAGCAAUAUUUCCACGGUGAUCACACCCUGUCCAAGAUUCUGGGUAAGAAGGGUAUCGAGGGCAUGAACAUUUUCAAGAAGAACAUGUUCUUGGCCGAAGAUCGUAUUCUCUGCUUCGAACUGGUCGCCAAGGCGGGCCAGAAGUGGCAUCUGAGCUACAUCAAGGCCGCCAAGGGCGAGACAGACGUGCCCGAAGGCGCUCCCGAGUUCAUCAGCCAGCGUCGUCGUUGGCUGAACGGUUCCUUCGCCGCCAGCUUGUAUUCCCUCAUGCAUUUCGGGCGCAUGUACAAGAGCGGUCACAACAUCCUGCGCAUGUUCUUCCUGCACAUCCAGCUCAUCUACAACAUUCUCAACGUCAUCUUCACCUGGUUCUCGCUCUCUUCGUACUGGCUCACAACCACCGUCAUCAUGGACCUCGUCGGCACCCCGGUUCCCGCUUCGAAUAGUACCUCGGAGCACCACGCCUGGCCCUUUGGCGAUUCGGCAACCCCCUUCAUCAACGCGGUUCUUCAGUACAUCUACCUGGCAUUCGUUAUCUUGCAGUUUAUCCUCGCCUUGGGUAACCGGCCGAAGGGUUCCAAGUGGACAUACAUCACCUCGUACAUCGUUUUCGCCAUCAUCCAGGCCUACAUUAUCGUCCUCUCGGUGUACCUCGUGGCCCAAGCCUUCGCGACCCCGCUGAGCGAGCAGAUCCAGCUGGACAGCGCCUCGAACGCGCUCGAAUCGCUGUUUGGUGGCUCGAGCGCGGCCGGUGUCAUCUUGCUCGCGCUCAUCACCAUCUACGGUCUCUACUUCCUGGCCUCGUUCAUGUACCUCGACCCGUGGCACAUGUUCCACUCGUUCCCGUACUACAUGUUGCUCAUGUCGACUUAUAUCAACGUCCUCAUGGUAUACGCGUUCAACAACUGGCAUGAUGUCUCGUGGGGUACCAAGGGGUCCGACAAGAACGAUGCGCUACCGUCAGCCCAGGUUACCAAGGGCGAGAAGGACGAGGUGGUCGUGGAGGAAAUCGAGAAGCCGCAGGAAGAUAUCGAUCAGAUGUUUGAGCAGACGGUCCGCCGCGCCCUCGCGCCUUUCAAGGAGGACGAGAAGCCCGAGCCCAAGGAUCUCGAGGACUCGUACAAGUCCUUCAGAACCAUGCUCGUCGUCUCGUGGCUGUUCUCGAACUGCUUGCUCGCGGUCGUCAUCACCAGCGACAACUUCAACUCGUUCGGCAUUGGCCAAACCGCCACUGCGCGUACCGCUUGGUUCUUCAAGUUCCUGUUGUUCGCCACCGCCGGCCUCUCUCUCGUCCGCUUCAUCGGCUUCCUGUGGUUCCUUGGCAGGACCGGUAUCAUGUGCUGCUUCGCCCGCCGUUAA